AUGCGUCGAAGAAUAACUGGUUUACUUAUAAAAGAAAUUUGGUCAAAAAAAUUAUCUGAUGAACAAAAAUUGGAAAUAAAAUCAAAUAUAAAAUUAACUGAUUAUGUAUUUGAUUAUCUAACGAAACGUUUUACUAAUAAAGAAAUCGCUAUUGAAGUUAGUUAUAAUAUGCAAGAUGCAUGUAAUCGUUAUCGAAAUAAUUAUGAGAUAAAUUUAUUUUGGCAAAUAUUAAUUGGACAAGUAGAAGAAAAUGUUUAUCAUGAUGAAAUGAAAGAAUUUGCUCGUAUUCUUCAAUAUUUUAUUAAAUUAUCUUCGAAUUAUUCAUCACAAUCUACAAUACAAUGGUCAGAUUUUAUUAAUGCACUUCAUGAACUUUAUUCACAUUGGACAAAUGAACGUAUAUCAUUAUUAAUUCGUUCUGCUGAAAGAGAUACUCAACAAUCAUCUAUAGAAAAAAAUGAUUUAAGAGUUUUCUUAUUAUUUAUGGAAGAUGACGAAGGUCAUAUUGGAGAAUUUCUAAUGACUAUUCGUCAACAAUUACAAUUAGAUAAAAAUGAAUAUAUUGAAAAAAUAAAAAAUUUACUUAUUGGUUAUCCAUUAGUAUCAAUUAAACAAUUUAAACGAGCUGUACAAAUGAUUGAUCCACAUAUAUCAAAGAAAGAACUUCGACGAUAUGUAAAUUGGGUAUAUGAAUUAAAGAAGAUUAAUAAAGAAGAAAUAGAAUCAUAUAAUGAAAUGCAAUCACGUGAUUUUGAAGAGAUUAUAGUUCGUUUAGAACGUUGUUCUUGUUUUAUGCAUUAA